AUGGCUCCACAUUUUGCCCAAGAAUUGCUCUUUCAGAACCAUAAUCUUGCAAGUUGUUUUUUAUCUGUGACAGUCCACCCCGGUCAAGAUGACAACUGGCACAGGACUCCCAGACAACAUCUCCCUAAAAGAACUAUAAUCACCUAUGUGUCCCUUCCACGUUGUGCCUUUGCCCUACCCGACAUUAUGGAGUCAAAUUGGUCAAUCCGCUACCAUCAAGGACUAGCAAGAAACUCAUUCAGGCACAGCGAGCCCGAUCGGCAGCUGUCUAGAAACUGCAUGGAACCGUGUAUCAGAUGCCACAAUCUGGUGAAACUUCACUUGCGCAGUACUCAGUCCCAGGGGAUCAUCAAACAAGGCACUAUUUGGAAGAGGAAUUAG